GAGAGUUUGGUUAAUUUGUCUUAGUAAUGUUUUACGCGUGGUACGCUAUAAGUGGUGUUAUUUGAACCCGGGAUUGUCGUAUUUUUUACGUUUCCAUAUAAAGGCAUUAAAAAUGGGUAAAUCUACCAGAGGAAGAAAGAAUGCUGAAAAAGAAAGAAAAAUGGCAGCUUUCUUAAAAGACUACGACAGUGAAGUUGAAAGCAUAUUGGAAGCCUUAAAGGUCAAAAGGGACAAUCUUCACAAAGAAGUUGAAAACACAUACAACCUUGCCAUCAUUAAGCUUCCACUAAGUGUACGACAAAUGAAGUGGAUUGAUUAUUUUGCUGCUGGAGGACAAUCUAAAGCUUUUGAAGCAGUAGCAAAGGCAGAAGCCAAUAUUGGUGAAGAUAUAGACUUUAUUGCUGAACUCAAGAUCCAACAAAAAUCAGCACUUAAAGCCGCCUGUAAAAAACACAGUGAAAUGGUUUCUGAAGAAGAAAAUGUGCCACCGAAUUCAAUUUUAAAAAAGGUGAAACCAAGCACCAAGAAGCCUCCAACGUCUAAGAAAAAAGACCUAUCCGUGAAACAGAGUUCUGGCAUUAGAAAGUCUAACAGAAAACCUCUAACUACACCUGCUAGAGCUACACAGGAUGAUUCUAUAAUGGGACUGACAACUUUUGGUACAACACAACUUGAGCGAAGGUUCAUGACUUCAACGGUAAAUAAUACUAAGGGACGCAGGAAAAAGGCUGGUAACGUGACGAUAAACGAGAGCUCUGUUUUAGAAAAUGAAGUAUUCAUCAAUAUUCCUAUGAAAAAUGGAGAGAGUAUUCACAUCUCUGCAAAUGAAAUGCAUACAUUUGAUCCUGCACAGCUUGAUCCUCAGACUUUAGGGACCCUCAAAAUGCUAUUGGAAUGGCUUACAAAAUGAAGAGCACCAAGACUUGAUGAUCUCUUCAAGAAAACAAAAUGUAUAUAAAUCUUUUAACUCAAUCCUGUUAAAACCAUUAAUCUUUUUUAAUAUAUAUAUUUUUUAAACUUCUAAACACGUUUCAACGUGUAAAAGAAUUUAUCAUGUUUGUGUAUUUAUAUAUACACGAAGAGACGCGUUUUCUUAAGUUUGUAUUGGUUUAGUUCGGACUUUUUUAAAAAAUGAAAAAUACCAGUAAUGGGCUAUUUUUUUUUUUUUUUAAUACUUACUCCUCAGUUCUUUUCUCCGACUGAAUAAGUUUUAGAAUAUUUCAUGGCUUUGUGUUUUAGUUUUGCGGAUUUACAUGUUAGAAAUGUAUGCACUGUAAUUACCGCCUCGCAUCUGAUACUUUUUCGUGAAUAUACUUUAUGAAUACUAUAUGUAUAUUUGUGAAUGGUUUUUCAUAGAACUGCAAUAUUAUAAAAACAAAGACAAUUUACAACAAAACGUCAAGCACGCCAGUUGUAAAUAUUGUAUUAAAUUUGUGCAAAGAAGGA